CCACCAGCUUCGAGAAGCAUUGGAGUUCAUGUCACCAAGUUAAUCACGUUGCAUUUCAUGGCGAAUUUUGGUUAUGCACUCGUGUCGUUGGCACACAUCUUCAUAUCGCAGUUUACGCAGGUCGGGGGUUCAUUUUACGGUAUACCAAGGCACAAUUCCACAAAUAAUGCGGCACAAUUUAUGAAGUCUUUGGUAACAUUGAAAAAUAUGUAAAUUCUGCAAACUUUUAAACGUUUAUAAAAUUUUACAAAUAUUUGUAACGACAACCCAACCGGCACAUCGCUGAACGAUAUCUCUGCGAUGAGAGCGAUUAUUGAGCUACCUUUUCUAGCGCCCAAAAUCGCUCAAUAAUCGCUGCAGUAGUAACUGCGAAAUCUAAGAGAUAUAGCUGGAUAUCAUUUUCAGUGCGCGAGUAGUUGCGAAAUAGCGGAGAAAUCGGUACGUUUAAAAUCGCUUAAAAUCGCUUUAUACUCUGCAAAUAUUUCUAAGCUCAUUAACAGCGAUUUCGUAGCGAUUUAUUGGUUUGACUGCAGUUAGAGAGAAGCAUGCUCCGUGAUUACUAGACAGCUGAUGUGACGGGCGGUGACAUGCCUUCUCGCCCUUAUUAUGCUUUGAGUCAAAGGUCAAGGCGUAGACAUUUGAGUAAGACAGUUCAAACACUUUUGAAAAAGUCUCGUAAACUACAAUACGAAACGAGAAAAAGUAGUACUCCCCGAUCAAAUUCUUUGGAAACCGAAGAGCUUUAUUACUUCCAAAAUCAAGAAACAAAUUUUUGCGAAAAUGAAGUUGUCCACCGCCUAGAAAGAACGUGUCAGGCCGCACAAGCUUCACUAGAUACACCAAAUAUAACGACACUACCAGCGACAGUCAUUUGUGAAAUUUCAGAAAGUUGUGAUAUAGAAAGUGUUACCAAUGUGAACAUUAUAAAUCGAAUUAAAAAUUGGAGUUUAAAAUAUAACAUUACAAGAGAAGCUUUAUCGCAGCUUCUUCUGGUGUUAAAAACCCAUCCGUGUUUUACUAAUUUUCCUGCUGAUGCCCGGACGCUUUUACGUACGCCAAGGUCCACACAAAGUUCGGUGGUGGGAAAUGGUGAAUUUUGCUAUCUUGGCAUAUCAAAAGGAUUAUGACCAAUAUUAUCUGAUUUAAUAAGUGAACGCCAAAAUAAAAUAUCUCUUCAAUUCAACAUAGAUGGACUUCCACUUCAUAAGAGCAACAGCAAACAGUUGUGGCCAAUUUUGGCUCAUGUCAUGAAUACAGAUUACGUGUAUGCCGUUGCUAUAUAUUGCGGAACUGAGAAACCUGGUGAUUUAAAUCUAUAUUUUCAAGAAUUCAUCGAGGAGUUAACAGAUUUACAAUUAAAUGGAUUACUUUACAACCAAUUUGUUUUCCAAAUAGAGGCUAGUUCAUUUAUUUGCGACGCGCCAGCUCGUGCCUUUAUUUGCUGCAUAAAGGGCCACUCGGGUUAUUUCUCGUGUGGAAAAUGCGAGGUCAAAGGCCAACGUGUACAAAAUCGAACCGUAUUUUUAAAGACUGAUAUUAUCCUUAGGACGAAUUUAAGUUUUAGAAACCAACACAAAGGCAACAUCAUCAUGGCAAUUCACCACUUGAAUCACUUAAUAUUGACAUGGUGAACGACUUUCCAUUUGAAUACAUGCACCUGAUUUGUCUCGGAGCGACUAAAAAAAUAUUGAAGUUAUGGACAGAUAAGAAACUUUCCCGCCACAGACUACGCUCCAAAGAAAUUAUUAGAAUUUCAGAUCAUUUAGAAUAUACAAAAAAAUUUGUGACGAAUGACUUUGCUAGAAAGCCAAGGACAUUGGGAGAGCUGGAUCGCUGGAAGGCCACAGAACUUAGGACCUUUCUCCUCUACACGGGCCCCAUAGUGCUAAAAAAUAACAUAAGUGACAAAUAUUACAGAAAUUUUAUGCUCCUUAGUGUUGCUACCAGAUUACUUGCAGAGCCAUGCCAAUCAAAGGAGAAUAUAAAUUAUGCCGAACAGCUUUUAGAAUAUUUUGUUCAUAAUUUCAUGGAAAUUUAUGGCAAGGAAAAUGUUUCCUAUAAUAUACAUGGGCUCAUUCACAUAGCCAACGAUGUUCGAUUGCAUGAUCAUCUGCUCAACCUUUACCCCAACUACAUCGCAGAUUGGCCGAGAGAGAAUGUGGAAAGUUUAAAACAAAUGAGCACGAGGCAGAUGCAGUCCAGCAGGUGGAGCUUACGAGCAAAUUAAUUGUUAGAACUAAUACUCCAAAUAAUUUUGUGCUACUAAAUAAUGGAUACAUAAUUAGUGUUACAAACAUAAAUAAAUGUGGUGAAACCGAACUCGUUGGGAGAAGAUUCAAAGAGUCAAAGAACUUAUUUAGUUACCCUUGUGAUUCAAAACUUCUUGAUAUUUAUAAAGUGAAGUUUAAUAAUUUAACGGAGGAAAUCUUUAGUUUUAAUUUGCUUGACAUUAAAUAUAAAUUAGUAGCAAUAACUAAAUUAAGUGACUCCAUUGGACUUUUUCCCAUUCUUCAUUCUAAGUUCCAGGAUGGCGAAGGUGUUCGGCAUUGCGAGUUUUGAGGACGAUAACUCAGUCGCUGUUAUCUCCAAAGCUUGGAUGUGUGAGAAUAAUCUCGAAAUAUACUACCCUCCAAGUGGCACGAAGAGUAUCAAAAAAUUGGUUAAGAAAAACCUCGCACCUGGUGAUUCUUGGCCAAAAUACAAAGUCAAGAUUCUUAAAUGGUUUGAAACUUAUGAGGCAGCUCACACAAAACUGAACGAUGCGACUUUAACGUCUGACCUCUCUGGAGCAGAAAUUGGUAAAAGAAGAUCUAUCCCAACUUCUCUGCCUUCUUUUCCUACUCAUCCUGCCCUGGUCAUGGACUCUGAAAUAUUGGCAUCUAGCAAUGCAGUUAACACGCCCCUUGAUAAUAAUGUGGAACAAGAAGUCGCCGUUCCUCUAUCUGAUACGAAUCAAAAUCCCGAAAUUAUUUAUUACCAACCCGUGGACGACAACAAUUUCCAAGCUGAAGUUUUGAGAAGAUUGGAAUCCAUGUCGCUGACCCUGCAGGAGCAUGGCCGUAGUCUUGCUGCAAUUACGGAACAAAUUGCUGCACAAUUAUCGUCAGUCCGUGUUCCCUUGACUUAUGAAUUUGAAGUUGGAACCUUUCCGUGCAAAAAUAUAGAAAGCCUGAGAAAUCUUGAAUUACUUCUUACACGUGAUGCAUGGGCUCGUAAAAAAAUGGUUGAAAUUUUGCGAGGAUGUGGUGGAGGCACUAUUGAGGACGCAGUUGAUCUCAUGUUUAACAAACUGAUGACCGAAGAGGUCGCCGAAUUACAUAGCUUCAAAGGAAAGAGUAAAAAAACUGCAUUCUUAUCAUACGUGGAAUUGAAUGAUGCUUUAUUACUUGGACUUCAAUGCAACACUAAGAUCAAGGCAAAUGCAACAUUGGAAGCUCUACAUUUGGCGAUUCCCAAAACUCUGAAGAAAGCUGCAGACAGAUUAAGAACUCGGAAGAGAGCAGCCAAUGGACCUAUUAUUCCUACAAUAAACCCAGUGGAUGGUGAACAGGCAGCAAGUUCUAAUUCUAUUGCUUGAUAUUUGUUGUUAUACUUUUCAACGCGAUGUAUCAUUGAAUAAAGUAAGCUACCAUGAGCGAAAUCACUGCGAAAUCGGAGAGAUUUUCGUCGUUAAAUCGCUGCGAUAUAGCAAUAAAUCGCCGGCCAUCUAGCGCCAAUUUCGCGACUAAUACGUAGCGAUUUGCCUGGAUUCGCUGAGCGAAAUCCGUAGUCGAUAUCGCGGCGAUAUAGCGGGAUUGUGCCGGCUGGGAAGUACAAAUUAUUGUAAACUUACUCUGA